CUAAUCUUUUCGGAUUUGUUUUUUCGUUAUAUUGCGUUUCGAGAUGGCAUUUUGGAUUUUGGAAAGAGCCAAGGAAUGGAAUUUUGAUGUGGAUUCUUAUAUCAAUCGAUAUUUGCCACCAUCUCCCUUGCACCGAUUGCCGACUCCUAUAUCAAAGUUCUUGGGAUACAGGAAGGAACAGCAGGAGGAUGUUGGCAAUGUUCUUGCGGCUUGGUGGUCGUGCGUUGGAGCGUUUUGUGGGUUAGCGAUGAUAGCUGCUGUCUUCAACAACCUGUCGUCCAUCCAGGCACAUCAUCCUCCUGUUAUGAUCGCGUCGUUUGGAGCAUCCGCCAUCCUCGAAUACAACGCCAUCCGCUCCCCGUUUGGCCAACCCCGAAACGCUCUUCUCGGGCACACCUUCUCUGCCCUUGUCGGCGUGGGGAUUACAAAGCUCUUCCUCCUCCAUCCGGAUUUUGAACGCAUUCGAUGGCUCGCUGGUGCCGUCAACUGUGGUGUAGCUUCCACCGUCAUGUUGCUCACUGGCACCGUUCAUCCGCCUGGUGGUGCUUCUGCUGUACUUGCUGCCACUGACCCGCAGAUCACAGAUAUGGGGUGGUACUUUGUGCCGCUUGUUAUGCUAGGGACGGUGUUGUUAGUGCUAGUAGGGCUAGGAACGAAUAAUAUUCAACGGCAGUUUCCGGUGUAUUGGUGGACGCCGGUGGAGCUGCCGGGGUCUGAUAUCCAGGUACUACAAGAUGAAAAGGGCGGAUUGGAGGGUAAUCAUAUUGAAGGCUUGGAGUGUGAGAAACCUAAGGAAAUCUAUAUCUCCGGGAAAAAUGUUUCUUUACCGACCGAUUUGUCGCUCAGUCCUGAAGAGGCUGAAAUGUUGGAGAGGUUGAGGGAUCGGCUGAAAGUCACGUGCAAGGAUGGGAUGAAACGGCCGCCAAGUAGUUUGGGUACAGAGUGUACGAUGGCGCCGAGUCGGGUUGAAAGGAGCUUUAGCGAUCCUUCUGCUUUCUUUCCAUGA